AUGCUUCCCCCGUUUGACUACUUCACUUAUCGCCGUGUCCGGACCAUCAAGCGCCAGGAACGAGCUACCCGGUUCGCCUCUCUGCCUCCAGAGUACCAUGCCGCCUUCACACCGGCCGACAAAACAAUAGUCAGCAAGCCAAUUGAGGAGCUCGUACAAGACGUCCAUAAUGGCUCCCUUUCCCCAACCGACGUUGUUCGGACCUACGGCAAGGUUGCCGUGAAAGCACAAGAGAAGACAAACUGUAUCACGGAAAUCUUGCUUCCGGAGGCGGAAACCUGGGCCCAGACAGAGGUCAACCUCAAGGGCCCGUUGGCUGGAGUCCCCGUCUCGUUGAAAGACUCAAUCCAGGUCAAGGGCUUUGACAUCUCGCUGGGGUAUUCCCGCCUGGCAGGGAAGCCGUACGCGGAAGACGGGCCCUUGGUGAGACUUUUGAAAGAUGCGGGGGCCGUACCAUAUGCGAAAACGGCGCUCCCGGUGACGCUUCUCUCGUUUGAGUCGGACAACGCGCUCUGGGGUCCGUGUCUUAACCCUCAUGUACCCCAGUACUCUCCCGGUGGCUCAACCGGCGGAGAAGGCGCUUUGCUCGCACUGGGUGGUCGCAUCGGCAUCGGCUCGGAUGUUGCGGGCUCUGUCCGGGUCCCUGCUGCAUGGAGCGGAAUCUACUCCCUUCGUUGCAGCACCGGUCGCUGGCCAAAAAAUGGAGUCAAUACCAGCAUGGCAGGGCAAGAGGGUGUGGCGAGUGUCUUCAGUCCCAUGGCCCGGACGUUGAAUGAUUUGACCUACUUCACCCGGUCGAUCAUCAGCAUGAAGCCGUGGAGGUACGACUACACCGUCCACCCCAUUGUCUGGCGGGAUGAUGAGGAGAGCGAGGCCAAAGGCAAGAGGUUGAGGGUUGGGUUGAUGGCAUACGAUGGCGUCAUUCCCGCAACGCCGGCAAUCCACCGCGCCGUCGCGACCACCGCUGCUGCUCUCUCCGCCGCCGGACAUGAAGUUGUCGAGAUCACACCUCCAGCGACUGCGGAUCCGUUUACUGGCCUUCACCUUGCCUCUCAACUGCUCAACUCCGAUGGCUGUGAAACAUUCAACUCGCACUUUUACAGCUUCGAGCCGUCCGAUCCUGGCGCCGCACAACUUUCACUGAUUGCCAACCUGCCUCGUCCUCUGCGAUACCUUUACUACCUCUUCGUGCGGUAUGUUCGGCGGGACGAUAAAUGGGCGGCAUUGAUCCGGGCAUUCGGCCCGAAGAGUGCAGCCCAGCAAUGGAAGCUGGUCGCAAAGCGCGAGGCUUUCCGCUCAGCCUGGCACGCCUGGUGGGACGCAGAGCCACAGCAGUACGACUUUAUCCUGUGCCCGGUCAACGCAACUCCCGCCCUUCCACACAAGGCGAUGAAGGAUGCCGUCUCGUCGUGUGGAUACACUUUCCUCUGGAACCUGCUCGACUACAGCGCCGGCGUACUGCCGGUGUCGCACGUUGACCCUAAGAAGGAUGCCCUGCCGGCCCCUUACAGGACAGUCCUGAAGCAGCUCGGGGCCAAUCACGCUCUGGCGCGGGGUGCCUGGAAGCACUAUGAUGCGGCCAAGAUGGCGGGGCUGCCGACGGCUGUCCAGGUGGUCGGCAGGAGAUGGCAAGAGGAGAAGGUGCUCGGGUACAUGGCGGCCGUUGAGGGAGCGUUGGAGAAGUUCUACGAUCCGGUCACUGGGGAGGGAGGCAAGUACCCGUUGAUUGAGCUGGAUUGA